AUGAACGAUGUAUCCAUACCAAACAUAAUACAAUCAAUUAAAGAUGAUCUGAUUCAACUAAUUACAAUUGAUAAACAACUUGAAAAGGAUAAUAAUAAUAAUAAUAAUAAUAAUAAUAAUAAUAAUAAUAAUAAUAUUAAGAAACUUACUUCUUCUUUUUCUAAGAUAUUCUCUAGGAUUAUUAAUAAUAUUAAUAAAUUCGAACAAGAUCCAUCUCCAUUAGAUAAUAAUUUACCUGUUUUCAUUUCCAUAUUGACUGAUGCACUUAUACCUCUAAUAAGACAAAAUUCAAAUAAUUAUAAUGAUAAUCAACUAUUCAUUUCACUAAGUCAAAUUUAUUACACUUUUUCAAAAAUUUUUGAUUGGAAAAAAUUGUCAUAUUAUUUAAAAGUUGAUAUUCAUUUAUUAAAUGAUAUUUUAAAUGUAUUAAAAAUCGAUUCAAAAAAUUAUAAAACUUGGUAUAUGAAGUAUCUAUUAUUAUCAUGGUUAUAUACAAUUCUUUUAUCACCAUUUAAAUUUGAUCAUGAUCAUUUAGAUAUUAAAAUUAUCAAUUUAAUUAAUCUGGAAAAAUUUAAUUCAAAUAAAGUUUAUCAAUCAAUUGUGGCAAAUAUCCUCGCAGAAUUAUAUUAUAAAAAUAAAGUAUUAAUUCUACAAAAUAAUAAUAACAACAUUAUUAUUAAAACAAAAAUAACUAAUAAUAUAUCAUCAAUAGAUUUAUUAUCGUUAAACUAUUUUUGGAAAAAAAUUAUUUCAAAUAUUAAUUCUUUCGAAAAUGAAAAGUUUUUAGUGGAAAAUGAAACAUUUAUACAUUCAUCAAUUAAUCAAAUUAUUAAUAUUAUUGAAAACAAAAAUAAUCAAAUUGAUAAUGUUGAAGAAUUUUAUAUGAUUGUAAUUAAAAUUAUGCCAAAAUUGUUUUUCAUUGAAUUAUAUUAUGAAAAUUGGUCAUCAUUAGAAGACAUAAUCUCAUGGUAUUUAUUAAAUUUAAAUUCAAAUUUUACAGAAUUUAGAUUUUGUAUUGCUCAUUCUUUUCAAAAAUUAAUUAACUUAAUAACAAAAUAUAUGGAAAGUUAUAUUGCUAUUGAUUUAGUUAAUCAAAUUAUCGAUAAAACAAUUAAAUUAAUUAAAGAUAAUCAAAUGAUUUCAAAUAAUAAUAAUAUUAAUAUUGACCAAUUACAUAGUCAAUUAAUUAUUAUUGCAGAAUUAUCAAAUUUCAUUUUAGAAUAUUUACCAACAUCGCAAUUACUAAAUAUUAUUAAUACAGUCUUACCAAUAACAUUUAAAUUCCAAAUAUUGAAUGGUAAUACUAAUAACUCUAAUAAUACUGUAUCAUUAAGAGGUAAUCAAAUUAAAGAUGCAACAAAUUUUAUUUGUUGGUCAUUAAUUAGAAAUAAAAAUUUUAAAAAAAUUAUAAUAUUAAAUGGGAAAGAAACAAAAUUUAUUUCAUUAAUUGAGUCUCUAAAUGAUAAUAUUUUUAUUAAUUUAUUAAUGAAUUCUUUAUUUGAUAAAGAUUUUAUCAUUAGAAAAUCAUCAAAUGCUGCAUUACAAGAAUAUUUAGGUAGAAUCAAUUAUAUCUAUAAUGGAUUUAAUGAAAUAGAAGAUCAUUCAAAUCAUAAAUUAUCAGUAUUAAUUUUAGAUAAUUUUACUAUAAUGAAAUUGAUAGAAUUGAAAUUUAGUGAUAUUAAUAGAUCUUAUAAAGAAAAUCUAAUCUUACUUUAUAAGAUUUUCCAUUCAAACAAUUCUUCACCACUAUUUUUUAAUAAAAUUAUUAAUUGGUUCAUUAAUUAUAAUAUUUUUACGAAUUUAGAUUAUCAGAUAGUUAAACUGUCUAUUGAAUCAUUACGAUUGUUUAUAGAAACUAUCAAACCUAUCAACCAUAAUAGUGACAAUAUGAUAUCUAAUAUCAUAAAAAAUGUUUUAAAGGAUGAAUCUUAUUUAAAUGAUCCACCAAAAGGUUCAAGAUUAUUAUAUUUGAUUACAGAAUUGAAUCAAUAUUUGGAUAUCAAUAGAAAUAUUGUAAUAAACCUAUACGACAGUAUCGUAACAUCUAACUGUCACAUAACGAAAACCAAUGAAGACUUUUUUAAAUUAUUAUCUAUUAUGAAAUAUUGGAAUCUAUACACCAAAAUCCCCCAUGGAAUCAUAUUUGAUGAUAAAAUGAUAAAUUUCUUAUUUAAAGAAAUUAUUGGCAGUAUUCAGACCGAAAACUCAUGUAUCUGGUAUGACGAAUUUAGUGAGCUAUUUAACCAAAUUUUAAAGAUUUUAUCUAAUGAUCUAUCAUUAUUUGAUAAUAAUGAAAAUAUAAAACAAAAUUUCUUUAAACUAUAUCAUAAAUACAUGUCAUUUAACAAUGAACUUGUAUGCGCUUCAUUACCUUCAUUACCCCCAAAGGAUUUCUUUUCAUUGUUUGAAAAAUAUAAAUAUUCAAUGUCCUGUCAAUGUAAAGCAUCGUUGAUUAGAACACUUACCAAUGAUACUACAACAACAAUGUUCUAUAAAUUAUCAUCAACACCAAAUGACACCAUAUUUACUGACAUGAUCUAUGAAUUUUUGGACGAUCAUACUACUACUGAUCAAGGUGAUGUGGGGAGACUGGUAAGAGAAGAGGCGUGCAUAUUAUUAGAUAAACAUUUCAAUGAAUUUCAAAGUUGUAUACAAGAACGCUUUGCGCUCCAACUUUUAUACUUACUUGCAGAACCAUCUGAAGAGAUCAGCUUAUUAUCAUUAAAAAUACUACAAGAAAAUGUUAUACCACAAUUCGAAUACCAUAAGGAAAGGCAUAAUUUGAAUAUACUUCUAUUGCGAGAAAGAUUUUUCACAAGAGAAUCCCUUGAAUCUACUUCAUUUAAAAAUGAAAAGAUAAAAUUCUGGCAACACUAUGCUGCCAGAGGUGGAGCUUUCCAUUCAACAGAUCAACAAAUAACUUCUUCUAUAGAUGCUUUUAUUACUUGGUACGACCAAACUGCAAAAUCCACAGACAAUAAAAUUUCAAUAUUUCAUGAACUUAUCCACUCAAUCCCGUCAGCAGCAAUCAUUAUUAUAGAGCAAAAUGAUGUGGAAAGAUCUAAAAUUAUCAAAACGACACUACUGUGUUUUAAUUUUAUUAUAAGAUUGAUAUCUUCAAACGUAAUCUUCGAUACUAGUAAUUGGAAUGGUAUCUUAAUAAAAAUGCACAAUUUAUUGAUAAUAAAUGGCUCUUCAAUGCUGAAGAGUACAGUCAUAAAGUUUCUUCCGUAUUUAGUAAUAGCAUAUUCAAAUGCCAAUGAAAAUAAUGCUGAUAUCGCGUUUACCAAUAGCGUUAUUGAUAAAUUAUUUAAUGUUGUUAAAAAAUAUCGACAAAAGAAAGAUACUUCCUCAAUAUUAAGGAUUACACUUCAAUCACUGACGCAGAUAUAUUUGGAAUAUGAUGACUUCGUUCGAAUUGAAUGUUUGAAAACGCUUAUAAAGUCAAAAUUUUCUAAGGACAAUUUAAAUGUUUCAAAUUAUUAUAUACAUGCAUAA